AUGAGUCACCAGAACGCCGCCGCCUCCAUGGGAAGCCAAGCGGUGGUAGACACGGCGGCCGCCCGCCAACACCAACACGGGAAGAGCCCCGACGAGAAACUGCGCCAGCGCGACCUCGAUGGUAGGGAACAGCGCAGGGAUAGCACGGCUGGUUCCAAGGCUGGAGAUGCGCAGUCCAAGGCUGCGGGGUCCGUUCACACUGAGCGCGGACAAAAGAAGCGGAGGAAGGUUAAUCAUGUGAACUUGAUGGGAAACCUCCACCUCUGCCGCGACGAGCCUCGCGAUGCCGACUCGAGAAAGUCGAAAAGCGUCGCUGGGUCUUCAGUCAUGGACGAUACCGAGCGCCGAACUUCUGUGUCCGGCCCAACAGGACAACAACAACCGCAGCAGCAACAACAACAAGCGAGAGGCACCGUGCCGGUGCCGCCCGCAUUCGAUUCCGCUGCCCCUCGUCCGCCGUCCUUAGACGGCCGCCAGAGGCAGGGCUCCGGUUCCUUCGGCGAUGAUGUGCUUGGCGGGGCCUCGCUUCACCAUCUUGUACAACAAUCGCCGCAUGCGAGACUGCAUGGGAACCUGCUGGGAGGCGUCGCUGGAUUCCAAGACACGUGGCUAGCAGCGCAAAGCCACCUCAAUGGCCUCCCCUAUCACGGCAAUUACAUGAUUGCGCCCGAGGUGACGGACGAGUUCAAUCUACUUGACAACUUCCUCCACACCAGCCUGCUCGAUGACGGCGGCCAGCUAGCCGAGGCGUUAGCAGGCACCUCAGCGAACAACAACCCCAGACUCAGCCAAUCGGCCGCGGACAUGAUCACCGGACUCCGCAACAACAGCGCGGCCGGCCUCGCCGGUGCGGCCGGAAUCUCACCCCAGCAACGCCAGCAGGCGGCUCUUCUUCCCCCGCAAUCCGCAGACCAACAACAAGCCUCCGGUCGCCGACCGCCCAUGACGGCAGGUGGAGCUACCCCCGCCGGCGACGACAGAGCGCGGCGCGAGUACUACCUCCAAGCGGCGGACCCGUCGGGCAACGCGACGCCCGAGGAGCGCAUGCAGCGGCUCCUCAAGGCCAAGUACGAUGCAGGCCUGCUCAAGCCCUUCAACUACAUCAAGGGCUACUCGCGCCUGGGCGCCUAUCUCGACCGCAACAUCAGCGCGUCGUCGAAGCAGAAGAUCCUGCGCACGCUGGGGCAGUUUAGGCCAAAGUUCCGCGAGAGGGCGUCGGCGCUGACGGACAUGGAGCUCGUCAUCGUGGAGAUGUGGUUCGAGAAGCAGCUCAUGGAGUAUGAUCGCGUGUUUGCUAGCAUGGCGGUGCCGUCGUGCUUGUGGAGGAGGACGGGGGAGAUUUUCAGGGGGAAUAAGGAGAUGGCGGAGUUAAUUGGUGUGCCUGUCGAGCGCCUUAGAAAUGGCCGGCUUGCGCUUCAUGAGAUUCUGACCGAGGACUCGUGUGUUCGGUACUGGGAGGAGUUCCAGACCAUCGCUUUCGACCCGCACCAUGACAGCCUUCUUACGUCGUGUACGUUGAAGAUUCCGGAUGACAGACCUACCAUCAUUGUUGGCAACUUUUUGCCCAUUGAUCCCGAGCCUUAG